CCUCUGGGGCCAGGAAGCUGCGGUGUGUGUGCUCUGUGUCUGCUCACAGCCGGCUGCAGGGAGCAGGAGAGCUCACAUCGGCAUCUUGGACAUGUGCGGGAGAUCCUGACUGGGACUUGCUGUGGGAUCAAAACUGAAAUUCUCCGGGCUGGCCGGCAAGGAAGAGAACAUGGUUGGAUCCCUGCACUCCACGCUCACCGGAUUUUGAGUUCCUGCAAGGAUGGAAAAUCCCCCUGCUGUGGGAUAAGCUGCCCCGUGUGUGCCUGCCUCAGCAUGCUGAAAGCUCCCACCUCGAUUCCAGCAUCACAAGAGCUCCUGACCAUUGAACCUCGUUAGAACUUUGCUCAACUCCAGAGCCUGCUCAGCUCUGCCCUGGUCCUGCAGCCCAUGAUUCCAUCACUUCAAUGAGCUGAACGAGUCCAGCGAGGAGCUCCAGGCUCUGUCUAACACACCAGCCCUGUUGCAGGGCAGGGUGCACAGAGCUGAGCUGUGCAGAGCUGGGAGCCGCAGGCGCCGUCGACGCCGGUGAAGAGCUCACCCUGCAGUGGUGCUGGGAGCGGCUCCCCCAUGGCUGCAGCCAGCGGCGAGGGGACAGCAGGGACACAGCUGCUGCCAGCUGGCACUGCCCUGGCCCUGCUCGGUGGCCUGGUCUACCUGGGCACCCUGUGUGCUGCCUGUAAACGGAAGGGCAGGAAGAAGGUCGCUCCAGAUGGGGUGAAGCUUGUGGAUGAGGCCCAGCUCUGCCAGACACAGCUGCGGUCACUCAGCAAGUCGGACACGAAGCUGCACGAGCUGUAUCGGGUGAAGGUCAGGGAUGAUGUGCAGCGUCCAGCCAGCCUGGAUCUGCCCUGUCCCACGGCCCCUGGAGGCGAAUCCCUGCACAGCUCUGGCCUCCUGCACCGUGAGCUGCCCCAGAUCCCAGUCCCUGAGCCCCUGGCAGCCUCCCCAGCCCCUGACCAGACCUACUCCAACCUGCUCUUCACCCCACUGCGGAAACCAGCGCCAGACACUGUCUAUGAGUGCCUGGCAGUGAGAGGGGAGGACGCCCCGGUGCCCCCCAUGCCAAGUGGCACCCAGGUGUCCCCUCCACGGGCUGUGCAUGGGGCAGCUGAUUAUGCCUGUGUCCAUAAAGUGAAGAAAGCAGUGUCGGUGGGGGUGCAGGAUGGGGCCGUGGCAGGACCCUCUGGAGUACAGCACUGCUGGGAUGGUGCAGGCAAUGCCCCUCAGGCCAAGCUGGAGGAAAUGUACUCGACAGUGUGCAAAGCCACCAAGAAGAAAUCCCAGGUCCCUACAUCAACCCUGAGGGCUGUGAAGGAGGUGGGUUCUGAGUGGCCACCUCCCCACCAGCAGGAGGGAGCCCCAGGAGCCCCAGGCCCCCCUGACCCCUGUUAUGAGUCCAUCAAUGACAGAGCAUGGACUGCUCAGGGCCGUGGCCCCGACCCUGACUAUGAGGCUGUGGACAUUAACUGGAAGAAGGCGGCAAAACGGGACAAGCCAGAGAAGCCCUGUGUCCCUGAGAACCUGUACGAGAGUGUGGUGGACAUUUGGGCAGGGGGGCCUGGGAAAGCCUCUGCCCGGACAGCAGCCAACGGGCUGGAGGUUUACAUCACCAACCUAUAGCCCCCCAGGGGCAGGGGCAGUGCCACAAGGGGAUCCCACCUGGCUGGACACCGUGGGGUGCCAAAGGGACAGGUACCAGCAGCCCUGUGCCCACCAGAGUGGCUGUGUCCCAGCACUGACUCUCUGUAGAUAUUUUCUGUUACUUUUCUAUGAGUGUCCUUGUCCCAUCCCAUCCCAGCUGGUGCCAGCAGGUUGAUGGUGGGGUGUCCAAAGAUGGGCAGUUUGGGGGUACUGUGUGGGACCCCAGUGAGAUAGGCAUCAAGAUGGGAACAGGAUGGGGACCAGGCAGGUUUUGGGGCUGGGGGGUGAUGAGGCUGCAGGAUCAGAUCCUCAGCAGGAUGAGGAUUGAAGGUCUCUGUCCUCCUCACACUGCCUGGGCCCCCUCCAGCCCCCAGGAAGCCCUGAGAAGCUUUUCUCCCAUCACAGAAUGUCCCUUGUUAUGGGGAGAUGGGGUCAGCCCUUUGCCUUCAUAGAAUCAUAGAACAUCCUGAGUUGGAAAGGACCCCCAAGGGAUCAUUGAGUCCAUCUCCUGACCCUGCACAGGACAAUACAGAAAUUUCACUGGUGUGGGCUGUUGGCUCUGCUCCAUCCUCCAUUCCCACCCUUUCAGACCCAUGCAUUCAGAUGCAUUCAGACCCAAACACCAUUAAAAGGCUGAGAGAAAGUUUACACUCUUAAA